GCGUUAAGCCGCGCGAGGAAGAUCAGAAAGCGACGAAGUAACAAUGGGAUGAGAAUUUAAUCCCUAUUCGCGUGUCACAUUUCCUAAUUACUCGUUAAAGUUCGUAGAAGCGAAAGGAGUCGAUGAUCGAACGAACGUGUUUUCUCGUAUACUUACCGGUUAUGCGAUUACAAUAACGCCUAGUGAAAACGUGUUCGUUUCGAUCUAACGUGCCAAAGAUCGAAUUUAUUGGUCCGACGAAUUCGAAAGAAAAACACGGGAUGGUGUUAAAGAUCAAAUCGAAUAAAAAGAAGAGAGAGAGAGAGAAAGAGAGAGAGAGAAACAGAUAGCUAGGUCAAACGUGACUGGGUGCAAUUUGUGAGGAAUGCAAAAUAUUAGUCUACGAAAUAUCUGCAGCUCGAUAAUCGCUCGGACGAGAACGUUACUCCGUUAAGCGAGCUGUAUCUCAUGAACGAGCCAACGAAUCUACGAAGAAGAAGAAGAAGAAGAAGAAGAAAAAGAAGAAAGAAAAGAAGGGUAGAUAUUAAUGGCGUUAAUCGAUACGCUUAAGAACGCCGAGGCUCAAUUCGAAGAUUAUCGACUACCCAUUAAGACUUUGUAGUUCGAGCAAACGAUUAUUAACGUCUCCUCCAUUUAAAGAACGUUCUUGAAAGAGAAUGGGCAUUCCAUUGUUCCAAGUAAAUUAUUUACGCCAGUUCUUCAAGCCGAUUACUCUCGACGAUGCGCAUCUUUGUUUGGCAUAACAAAACGCACUAUAAUCGAUAUCAAUUCGAGCUUUUAAUCAUUGUAAAAGUUAAUAGAACUAAUAAAUAUUCAUAAUAAUAAGAAAAGAAAAAAGAAAGAAAAAAUGAAAAAAAAAGAAAAAAAAGAAAAAAAAAGAAAAAAAAAAUAAAGAACUAACAAAUAUUUCAACUAUUGCUGAGAAACGAUUUAUCAAAAAGAUUCAAACGUUCUCUUAGAUAGGAUUAUUGGAGCACAUUGAUAAAAUAUGGGAAAAGAGAUGUACUCGUAUGUAUCUAACGGACGAGGGUAUCUUUUUUCGUAAUACGGAAAUCGAUGAACGAUGUACGUUGUAAGGUACGAAGACCACCGGUAGUAUUAAUCACAGGAUAUCUUGGAUAAUCUUACGAAUUUAGGGUCGGUGAGUGUCCCUACUGAUGGUGGCGAUGGUAAAGCACACCGAAGGAGAAUAUCCUGGGCAUCAUCUUCAGGUCGAGUCGGCUCGAUUAUAUACCAGCACUCAUCCAGUAAAGCGUGGGUUAAUGCCAUCGUAGUGGCUGUGAAUUUACGAUAUUACCUGUUAUAUGCAGAACUCAUUUAACGUGCCGGCCGUACUACGAUACCACCCGCCUGACGAGCAAAACCAAACACUGUUCGCUCUAUUGUCGCACACUGUAUCUCUUCUCUCUUGUAAGUUAUCCAAACUCGUACUAUGUUGCCGUUGUCGUCCUUUCUAGCGAGAUAUCUACCAGAUUUUCAUGUAUUUCACGUGAAAUAUAAGUAGAGAAAAGAAAAAAAAGUAAUUUUAAAAAUUUAUUCGAUCAAAUUUAACUCGAUUCUCUGAUCGUUUUUUUUGUUCGUUUACGUGUAAAGAAAAAGAAAAAGAAUAUCGGCUCUUUCAUUUCCUUCUCUUUUUCAUACAUCUCGAAAUAAUAUAUAAUCUAUUAUUACGACAACGAAUUCCGUAGAAAUUUAAGAAUCGUUAUCAUUACUCCAUUUAUCUUCGAGAAUUUAUUUAAAUUCUUACAAACAACGUUUCGAGAUUAGUUUGAAAUGUAAGAUCGCAAGUAGUCGAUUGGAGUUGACUCAGAAUCCAAGAGUUUAGAUAGUGUCGGUCGGGUUCAAAGAUAGGCGAUAUAUGUAACUUCAAAAAGUCCGGUAGCAAAAGGUCCGAAAGUGGAGAACGGAGACGGAAACUUUAGCUUCCGGCUUAGAUCGCGGAAGGUCGAGAAAGAAGGAUUUCCUGAAUCGCAAGGUAAGCGUUUAAGCCUCUUUCGCGAGAAAAGGAUCAACGUAUAGAAACGUGUUCGCCUGCAAUACCGCAACAUUUUUCAUCCUUCCUACUUGAAAUCUACGAUAAUCCAUUAAUGUAUACUAUAUAUAUGUGUGUACUGUACUGUAAGAAUGUGUGUGGAACGAUAGAGCAUCGUUCCAUUGGCAAGGAGAAUCUUCAAGAGAGCGAUACUUGGAAAGAGGCUAUCGAUCGACAUAUUUAUUUCUUUAGCAUUUAAUGUCGGCCGUUUGUCAGUGUAUAUUGCCACGGAAACAUAAGUUUUCGUUAGAAGAAAUUUAUCCAACGGACGAGAAAGCAGGCAAUAAUAAUAAUUGGGUCGACAAUGCCGCCAUUAUGGCCUUCUUUAAGCUUUCGACUGUUUCGAGGCUUCCAGGAUCAUUAAGAAAUAUCGUCCAACGGGAUAGCGGAGCUGGGUGAUUGGAUUAACUUCCUGAAGGAGGGUGCAGCAACGAUAACGACAACGAGGAGAGUACUUUAUAGGAAGCAUUGUCGGAGGGUGGUACCACCAUCGACGGUCAUUUGGAAAAUUUUCAAGAUAAUCUUGAAAUGGCUAAAGAUACACCGUCAUGGCUGAACCUAGAAUUGGUGGAAAAUAUCAUGCGAAAGAAUGAUAAUUCGAUUCGCGUGCUUAAUAUGUUUACGAAACCUGCCACGGCUAAAGGUGACAAUUAUACCAGCGAUAUGUACAGAGUUUCGAUUGAAAUUUCAUGCAAACGUGGCGACGAAGAAGUUACAAAAAAGAAAUCUCUCAUUGUUAAAGUCGCACCUACAGGGGAAAAUAUAAAGAAAGAAUUGAUCGAAAAAUCGAGGAUCUUCCAUACGGAAAUUUCGAUGAUGACGGACACAUUGAAGAAAAUGAAUAACUUACUUGGACCAGCCCAUUUUAUCAGUGGACGAGUUUUUUACAUUCAGAAAGAACAUCCGGAAUUUUUAGUGAUGGAAGAUCUCGCUCCUCUUGGAUUUCGCAUGGCUGAUCGUCAAGCUGGUCUUGACCUACCUCACUGUUUGUUGGCAAUCCGAGGAUUGGCUAGAUUUCACGCGAGUAGCAUUGCUGUAUGUGAGAAGGAACCGAAUCAUAAAAAGUUUUAUACUAGAGGAAUAUUUUCCAGCGAACAUCCUCCUGAAAUAAUGAACUUCUUUAUUCUUGCAACAAAAUCAUUAGGCAUGGAAAUGCGAAAAUGGCCGGAUUUUGAAAAAUACGCAGAGAAAGUCGAUAAAUUUGCGGAAAAGAUUUACGAUAAAACUGCCGAGGCAAUGAAGUGCCGGGAGGACGAAUUCAACGUUAUAAAUCACGGUGACUUCUGGGUGAACAAUAUGAUGUUUCGUUACAAUGAUGAAGGGAAACCGAUCGAUCAUAUCUUUGUGGAUUUUCAAAUGUGCGUUUAUGGAUCACCGGCGAACGAUUUGCAAUACUUCCUUAACACUAGUGCGGACAAUGAUGUAUACGAAAACAACCAGGAUAUGCUCCUGGAGGAAUAUCUUUUAACAUUGUCUAACAUGAUGAAACAGUUUGAUUGCAAAACCAUCCCACUGACCAUGGAGAAACUUCGAAAAAAUCUAAAGGAACGUGAGAUUGUCGCUAUGACAAGUUCUUUUACGAUUCUCCCGUUGGUCCUCUUAGACAAGAAUGAGGCGAAGGAUCUCGAUGAGAUCAUGGGCAAGGACGGCAACGAGUACAAUAGUUCCGCUUUCGAGAACGAGCUUUAUCGCAAAGUGAUAAGCAAAAGGAUUUCUAUCUAUGAUCAAUUGGGAUUGAUGGAUCUUUAACAAAUUUCUAUCAAUCUAUUUUAGAUAUUCUUAAUAGCGAUUCGUGUAUCUAUGUAUCGAUCAGAUCAUUAAUUAAAACAUCAAAUAAUAAGAGAUCGAAUCAAAUCGAUUACAAACGAAUGUUAAGUAAAGUUAAGAGAGUUCAAGGAAGUUGAGACAUUAACAAAAUCAAUGAACGAUACAAGAUCGAAGAAUCUCAUGAUAGUAAAUUUAAUAGGAAUUGUUAAUUUAGGAAUGGCACAUUUUUUAGUUUUCUUAAUACGUAGGAUAAUGAGUCACAUGAUAGAAAAAUAUUUCAUAUAUUGUAAAUGAACAACGAAAAUAUUCCUAUAAGAAAGUAAACAAAAAACAAAAGAAAUAACGAUACCAUUGUUUAGAUGCUUUUGCAUGUAUAAUAUCGCUAAAAAUAAUACCAAACAACAUAGCGAAUUUUAAAAAGGCUAAGUGGAACGGAAAAUUGUACAAAGCAAGUAUGAUAUUGGUGAAUAAAAAAGAAACGAAUAAAAGUAAGAAAAAAAA